GCGAGCUCUGCAGGAGGCAGAGGAGGCGGAGGAGGAAGGCGAGGGGCGGGGAGCGCGCCGGGAGUGCCGCAGGUCAUCUUGAACAUUCCAAAUACCUACCAUUACUCGAUGCUAUUGAUAAAAUCAGAAUGGCUUUAAACUCAGGGUCACCGCCUGGUGUUGGACCUUACUAUGCAAACCAUGGAUACCAGCCAGAAAACUUCUAUCCCUCACAGCCUGCCGUGGCUCCCAGUGCCUACGGGGUGUAUCCAGCUCAGUUCUACCCAUCCCCAGUGCCCCAGUACACCCCGAGGGUCCUGACACAUGCUUCGACUCCCGCCGUCCACACACAGCCCAAGUGCCCGUCGGGGACGGGAUGCUCCUCAAAGACAAAGAAGGCACUGUGCAUCACCUUCGCCCUGGGAGCCGUCCUUGCAGGAGCUGCGCUGGCCGCUGGCCUGCUCUGGAAGUUCAUGGAGAGCAAGUGCUCAGUCUCCGGGAUGGAGUGUGGCUCCUCAGGCACCUGCAUCAGCCCCUCUCACUGGUGCGACGGCGUGUCUCACUGCCCCAGCGGAGAGGACGAGAACCGCUGUGUUCGUCUCUACGGACCAAACUUCAUCCUUCAAGUGUACUCAUCUCAGAGGAAGUCCUGGCACCCCGUGUGCAGAGAUGACUGGAGCGAGAACUACGGGCGGGCGGCGUGCAGGGACAUGGGCUAUAAGAAUAGCUUCUACUCUAGCCAAGAAGUAGUGGAUGACAGCGGGGCCACAAGCUUCAUGAAGCUGAACAUGAGUGCCAGCAGUGUCGAUCUCUAUAAGAAACUGUACCACAGUGAUUCCUGUUCCUCAAAAACAGUGAUUUCUUUACGGUGCAUAGCAUGCGGGGUCACCUCCAACAUGAGCCGCCAGAGCAGGAUCGUGGGCGGCGAGAACGCGGCCCUGGGGGAGUGGCCCUGGCAGGUCAGCCUGCACGUCCAGGAUGUUCAUGUGUGCGGAGGCUCCAUCAUCUCCCCCGAGUGGAUUAUAACAGCCGCCCACUGCGUGGAAGAACCCCUUAACAAUCCUCGGCACUGGACAGUAUUUGCGGGGAUUUUGAAGCAGUCUUACAUGUUCUAUGGAAGUGGAUACCGAGUAGAGAAAGUGAUUUCUCAUCCAAGUUACGAUUCCAAGACCAAGAACAAUGACAUCGCACUGAUGAAGCUGCAGACGGCUCUGAGUUUCAAUGAUAGAGUGAAACCAGUGUGCCUGCCCAACCCUGGCAUGAGGUUGGAACCUGAACAGACCUGCUGGAUUUCAGGGUGGGGGGCCACCCAGGAGAAAGGGAAAACCUCAGACAUGCUGAACGCCGCCAGGGUGCGCCUCAUUGAGCCCUGGAGAUGCAACAGCAGAUAUGUCUACAAUAGCCUGAUCACACCGACCAUGAUCUGCGCGGGGUUCCUGCAGGGGACCGUGGACUCCUGCCAGGGUGACAGUGGAGGGCCUCUGGUCACACAGAAGAACAGCAUCUGGUGGCUGAUUGGGGACACGAGCUGGGGGUCUGGCUGUGCCAAGGCCAACAGGCCAGGAGUGUAUGGGAAUGUGACAGUAUUCACAGACUGGAUUUACCGGCAGAUGAGGGCAAACAGCUAAUCCAUGUGGCCUUUGUCCU